UACUGUUAUAGGCGUCUGCCGUCUAGGGUUUGCCUUCAUCAUCUUCUCUAUUUCAUCGUUGCUGUUCGACUUCGUUGCUUCGCGUGAGGUAGAGUUUUGCACGAGUCGCUUCUUCGACUGCAUCAACGGCGUUCCCUUCCUAUUGGAUCGGAAGUCACGACAUUUUAAUCGGAAGCAACUACGGGAGAUCGCUCACUGUGAAGGUGGAGACGGAGGAUUUAUUCAGCCGUGAGAUUUAGCGGGCGCUCAAAUACCGUUUGGCAGGAUUUGGCAUAAAUCCUGCUCAAAAUUGGCAUAAAUCCUGUUAAAUCCUGCAUCCAAACAGUCCCUAAAGAAAACUAUUUUUUGCCCCGUAAAUUAUGUUAUGGCCAGUUUUUCAUCUGCAGAUUGUUGAUUGUUGCUAGAUAAUUGAUUAUCUGGUACAUUUAGAAACCUUUUUUUCAGACUCGGCAUCAGAAGAUCCUGUAAUUGUCCGCACUAUCUGUUACCAAUAAGCACGAAGGUUUAUUCUACCUCCUUCAGUAUGGAGGGCUUGAGGAACCUUCUGCUUAUUACCUAUUCAGAAGAGCUUCUAGAUGGAGAGCCAGUGGCCGUCUCUUCAAACUGCCUUCCCAUCAAGGCAUUAAAUUAUGAACCUGCAGGGCAUUCAUUUCAUUCUGCUGCUCGUAAAUUUCUUGGUUGUUAUGAAGAAGAAACAGACAGAGAUGAACAAAGUGAAUUUUCUGAUGACAGAAACCAGUCUUAUAUGCCAUCAUCAGAUUUCUAUAGUAACAAAGGAAAAAAGAAAUCUGGUUCUGGGGACAAGCAACAAGACCAUUAUGCGCUAUUAGGCUUGGGACAUUUGCGUUUCCUGGCUACUGAGGAGCAGAUACGUAAGAGCUACCGUGAAACUGCCUUGAAAUAUCAUCCUGAUAAGCAGGCUGCUAUUCUUCUCGCUGAAGAAACAGAUGCGGCGAAACAAGAAAAGAAGGAUGAGAUAGAAAACCAUUUCAAAUCCAUUCAAGAAGCAUAUGAGAUUCUUAUAGAUCCUUUGAAGAGAAGGAUCUAUGACUCCACAGACGAGUUUGAUGAUGAAAUUCCCACUGAAUGUGCACCUCAGGACUUCUUCAAGGUCUUUGGUCCAGCAUUCUUGAGGAAUGCAAGGUGGUCUGUAAGUCAGCCUGCUCCUUGUUUAGGGGAAGACAAAACUAUAAUGGCUGAGGUGGACAGCUUCUAUAACUUCUGGUAUACUUUUAAAAGUUGGAGGGAGUUCCCCCAUGCAGAUGAGUUUGAUCUAGAGCAGGCUGAGUCCCGUGAUCAUAAAAGAUGGAUGGAGCGGCAGAAUUCCAAGCUUAGAGAGAAAGCCAAAAAAGAAGAAUAUGCCCGCAUUCGCGCUCUCGUUGACAGUGCAUAUAAGAGAGACCCUAGAAUACUUAGGAGAAAGGAGGAGGAAAAGGUUGAGAAGCAGAAGAGAAAGGAGGCAAAAUUUCUGGCAAAAAAAUUGCAGGAGGAAGAGGCUGCAAGGGCUGCUGAAGAGGAAAAACGAGUGAAAGAAGAAGAGGAAAAAAGAGCAGCUGAAAUUGCCUUGACUCAGAAGAAGCAAAAAGAGAAGGAUAAAAAGGUUCUACGGAAGGAGAGGAACCGGUUACGAUCUCUUUCUUCGUCUUUGGUCUCCAAAUCCUUGCUAGAUCUUUCAGAAGAAGAUGUUGAAAGCUUAUGCACGUCUCUAGGGAUGGAGCAGCUUAGAAUUUUGUGUGAUAACAUGGAACACAAGGAAGGAUUUGAUAGAGCACAUUUGCUAAAUAGUGCAUUGAAUAUAGGGAAUUCUCACGCUGCAGAACCAGAAGGAAAACAUUUGCAACCAAAUAGCUCUUCAGGUCAUUGUGCUGCAGCAGUCAUGCCUGGCAGCAUAUUAAACUCUGAGAAGAAGGAAAAACCCUGGGGGAAGGAAGAAAUUGAGAUGCUGAGAAAAGGCGUGCAAAAAUACCCUAAGGGAACUUCUAGGAGGUGGGAGGUUAUUUCUGAGUAUAUUGGAACUGGGAGAUCAGUUGAAGAGAUUCUAAAGGCUACUAAGACAGUUCUUCUGCAGAAACCAGACUCUGCAAAUGCCUUCGGUACUUUCCUUGAGAAGAGAAAGCCUGCACCAUCCAUUGAAUCACCUCUCACCACUAGAGUAGAAUCAGAAGGUCUUUCUGCUAAUGGAGCUGCGGAGAAGCCUUCAGCCAAAGCAACAAAUCUGUCUUCAGUCAAUGAUAGCAGCCAGGAUAGUACAGUUGGAGAAUUUCCUCUUUCUAAUGGAACUUCUUCAGGUAUGGAGGAUCCAUGGUCAUCUACGCAAGAAAGAGCUCUGAUCCAAGCACUGAAAACAUUUCCAAAAGAGACCAGCCAGCGUUGGGAAAGGGUUGCUGCUGCAGUGCCAGGGAAAACUGUUAACCAAUGCAAAAAGAAGUUUACAUUGAUGAAGGAGAACUUCAGGAACAAGAAGGGUUCUGAUUGAAGAUUAGUUGUGGCAAGCAAGGACCAUAUAUCAUGGAUAGCGAUAUUUUUCUGCAACAAGCAUCAAGGAUAACAUUUUCUUUCUACGGCAGUCAUGAAUGGUACCUCACAUCAAGUAUUUAUGUUUCUUAAAUUCUAAAUAUCUGGUCUGUUCCUUUUAUAGUUUUUACUGCAUAGUAGCCCAUGUUUUUGGCCGAUGGAGAUUAAUCGAUUGUUGAGUAUUUUAGGUGUAGGUGCAUGAUGACGGAAGUAGAAACAGUCGAGUGAUUGUCCAAAUGAAGAGAUGAUUUCUGUACUUGCAUAGUUGAUAUUUAUUACCAUUAAUUAUAAUCGUUUGAUGGACAAAAUUUUGGAUUUGGAGUAAUUGAUUUCAAUAAAUCCAUUUUUUAUUCUGAGAUCA